AUGGCCAUCCGUCCCUUCAGCACAGCGUUGCCUGUCCGUAUCCAGCACAAAGGUAACUUCAGAACAUCCGAUGCAACAGUGGAGUCCGACGAAAUCGUCACUGACAACAACCCGUGGUCGCCCACGUUAUACGACGACAUCGUGUACGUCCACAAGCCCAACUCGAUAAGGGCCACUGCGUUGCCCAGCAACUACCGUCUCUCCUACAGCUCGUUGUACGAGGCACCAGGAGCCAAGUAUGUGGCCAUGUUGAAACGUCUCACCUUGAGUUUUGCGGUGUUGGGGGUCUACGGAGCCAAGUUAUUCUACGAGUCUGCCCAAUUCGACGAUAUUUAUGCUGUGGCCACUUUGGUAUCGUGCGGAGUGCCUGCUGCGUACGUCCAGUACCGUACCAAGGACUAUGUCACCAGAAUCUUCCGUUUGUACGAUAAGGACAAGCCUCAAACCUUGGAGAAUUUGGUGCAAGACGAAAAGUUGAUUUUGGAGAAAUUGAACUCCACCGGAGGCAAGACCUACAACACACUUUUGCAGGUUUCCAACAACAGGCUGUUGCAAUUAGCGCCUAAGCGCUCAGUGCUCAUGCCAUACGCAUCAUGGUGCGAGGUGGACCCUGAGUCCAACACCAAGAGAGAACACUAUGUGGUGGACAACAUCGGAGGAUUGAAGAUGGACCGGAUUUGGGGAAUAGUCGAACACAACUCCGGUGUCAACAAUGGACGGUAUAUCGAGGAGUACGAGGAUAAAGAAAAUCCGGAAAACUAG